CCGUCUCUCUCUCUCCUCUCUCUCUCUGAAGAUGGGUGGUUCCGCCACAGCUCUUCUGGUGGUGGCGGUGGUGGUGACGGUGGUGCUGCCGCUGCUGCACCACACAGAGGGACAUCACAUAAUAAAGUUGAAGAAGAAGAAGGGGGGAGGGUCAGCUGGAACCACCGGCUGUGAUCUAUUCCAAGGAAGAUGGGUUGAGGACGACUCGUAUCCGCUCUACGAUGCAUCAAACUGUCCAUUCAUAGAGAAGCAGUUCGACUGCCAGAAGAACGGCAGACCAGACAAAGGUUAUCUCAAAUACAGAUGGCAACCCGCUGCCUGUAACUUAACCCCCUUCGAUGGAGCAGGGCUUUUGCGGCGACUGAGAGGGAAGAGUAUGAUGUUUGUGGGGGAUUCGCUGAGUUUGAACCAGUGGCAGUCGCUGACGUGCAUGCUUCACACGGCAGUGCCCUACGCCAAUUACACCUCCGUCAGAGCUGGAGGCCUCUCCACAUUUGCAUUCCCAGCAUACAAUGCGAAGGUGAUGUUCUCUCGUAAUGCAUUUCUGGUAGACAUCGUGGGAACCCCAAGCGGGAGAAUUUUAAGACUGGACUCAAUACAUGAAGGGAAACUGUGGAAGGAUAAGGAUGUCCUCAUCUUCAACACUUGGCAUUGGUGGCUUCACACCGGAAGAAAACAACCAUGGGAUUUAAUUGGGGAAGGGAAUGCAACAUACACCGACAUGGAUCGGUUGGUGGCAUACAAGAAAGGGCUCACCACUUGGGCCAAAUGGGUUGAUUCCAAUGUGGAUCUUGCUAAAACCAAGGUUUUCUUUCAGGGUGUUUCCCCAGACCAUUCCAAUGGAAGCGAUUGGGGAGAGCCGAGGAGGAUGGGGUGUGAGGAAGAAACCAAGCCAAUGGAAGGGGGGAAGUACUACCCAGGAGGGCGGCAUCCAGCAGAAGUGGUGGUCGAGGAAGUGUUGCGCACAAUGUCAAAGCCCGUCUACUUGCUCAACGUCACCGCCUUGUCCCUUCUCAGGAAGGAUGCCCAUCCUUCUGUCCAUGGCCACGGAGGUCACAGAGAUAUGGACUGCAGCCACUGGUGUCUUGCUGGACUUCCUGAUACCUGGAAUCAGCUCCUUUUUGCUGCUCUUCUUCAUUCUUAA